GUGACGUGCAGCCCUCCAAUCCUCCCCCACACGCCUCAUCUUCCACUUUUCCCCCAAAAUACAUACAUAUAAUAUAUUCCACCACUUCACGCGACAUCUCCACCGUCAACCACCGCAACUGCAACAUUCCGGCUAGUAUUAUCACUUUCCGUCCAGAAUAUACGAUGAUUGCUCCAGAACACGAUGAUAAUUCAUCAAGCUUCUUCGAUUUCAGCUUGAUCGAUCAGAUUCCGCUCCCCGGAGGUCAACUUCCGUCUCUCGAUUCCGAUUUCCUUUGGUCAUCUGAUCCCUUUACCGGCUCGACGAAUAUUAGUACCGAAUAUCUGGACUCAUCUUGUUGCAAGGAACUUGGAUCAAGAAAAAGGGUGAAUCCCGCAUCAUGCUCGUCUACUGAUACAAAAGCAUGCAGAGAGAAGAAGAGGAGAGAUAAGAUGAAUGAAAGGUUUCAAGAGCUAAAUGAAAUACUUGACCCAGGAAGACCACCCAAGACAGAUAAAACGGUUAUUUUGGGAGAUGCGAUUCGAAGGGUGAUUCAGUUGAGAGAAGAAGCCGUGAAGCUUAAGGAGUCUACUCAAGAUUUGCAAGCGAAAAUCAACGAAUUAAAGGUAGAAAAGACCGAGCUAAGAGAUGAGAAACAGAAACUGAAAGCAGAGAAAGAAAGAUUAGAGCAACAAAUUAAAGCCUUUACCAGACCACCUGCCACAUCAGCAUUCUUCCCAUAUCCGCAAAGCCCAAUUGUUGACGGCAAGUUUGUACCGUUCAUGGGAUACCAUGGAGUUCCAAUGUGGCCAUUCGCUUCUGUUCCUGCUGUCGAUACCUCAGAGGAUCAUAUUCUUCGUUCGCCUCUAGCUUAGGAAAAUCAACAUUGACCGUUUUUGUAUUUUUUAACCUAAGUUUUUUAUAUAAAUCAAACUAUCUUGACAUGAUGAUCAUUGGGGUUCUUACUGAUAAUGAAGUGUUAAGUUUUUUGCAA